CACAGAGCCACAAACUUGUUCUCAUCCGAGUGUCUCAGAGUCCACUGAGGGGGAAGGAGGGAAAAGGAGGAAGGGGAGCAGCAGGGUGGCAGCCAGUCAGUCAGCCAGCCAGUUUGGAGUGAGCAGAGGAAGUGGGAGAUGCUCGGCUGAACUCUAACAAGGCUGACCAACCGGCCACCAACACACUCGUCCUCUCUGCGACUCCUGACAACUUUCCAGCAACAUGAGCUCCUCAUCCGCCAACCUGCACAGCAAACGCCUGCCCUCGGAGACCGAGCGUGGCCAGAGGCUGCCAGAUGUGGACACAGCGCAGCAGCUCAAGCUGAGGGAGAGACAGCGUUUCUUUGAGGAGGUCUUCCAGCAUGAUGUGGACGUCUACUUAUCCUCAGCACACCUUUGCAUCAGAGACUACAAGAGACCUCCUAUUGGCAGCAUCUCUUCGAUGGAGGUGAAUGUGGACCUGCUGGACCAGAUGGAGCUGAUCGACAUCUCUGACCAGGAGGGUUUGGAUGUUUUCUUCAGCUCUGUGGGAGAAGAAGGAGUUCUGACCUCCCCACUGCCAGUUCAAGGAAACAACAACAACAACGAGGAAGCCAUCAGUAACGGACUCUUUCGACAUGUCCUUGAGAGCCUUGACGCCAAGUCCCGCAUAUCGUCCACAUCUUCGAAUUCCUCCUCCGACAGCCAGACCACCAACGCCAACGGGGGAGACGACACCCCCGUGGUCGGCUCGGACGACGAGGAAACACAAACCAGCACAGUGAAGCGGAGAGUCGUGUCUCCGGAGAGAGAGGAGGUGAAGGCUCAGAAUCCACCUCCGUCUUCAUAGGAUGCACCUUCUCCACCAUCAGUCUGGGGUGAAGAGGGGACUCUGGGCGGAGAGUUACCGAAAGACUUCCACAAAUGGGCUUUUUUUUUUACUGCUCUCCACGUCUCCUUUUGAUUUAUGAAUUGUAGGCCGUGUGUGGGGCCGUAAAGUGUAUAUACGGAGAAUUCCUUUCAAUUCUCGAUUCCUGUUUUGGCAUGUUUUGAAGGACAAGAUUUGUUCCCCUUUUUUUUUUUUGCUCACAGGAUUUGUAGCUGAUGAAAAGAUGAUUUUGUACAGUACUAACAGCACCCAGGACAGUAAAGCAAUAACUCAAACACAAACAAAUAGACAAACACUUGAGCUAAAUUUGGUGAAGGAUGGUUUUAUGAUUAUUAAAUGUAUUGUUUUUUUUUAAAGCAACAAAUUCUCAGUUUUCUAGCCCUGAUUUUGGCUUUUUUUUCCUUUACUUUGACAAUAAAGAAAAAGAUCAGAUGUUUCUGUGUGUGUUCCAGAAGAAUCGACAAAACAUUUCCUGGUUAUUUCAGACUUCUAUGAUGAAUGUAAACAAGUGCUUAGCUGCUUCCAGGCAGCAAUUAAAACAACCAGAAUCCACACAGUCAGCCUCAAAAUGAAAAAAAAAAAAGCCACAAACAAUCUCAAGUCCUUAUAAUGUUGGUUAAAUCAGAAGAAUCAAAUACUGAAAAGAUAUUAUCUACCUGUCAAUCUUUUUGCAAGAGAGAACAAAUACUUUGUGAGUCAGUCACUAUAAAGCAAUGCAUCAAAAAGCCAUACCACUGCUUUGUUCACCUGUAAAGAGAACGUCAUGAGCACACUGUGUUGAGAGGUGUAAAUUAAACGUUGGCCGAACAGACACAUGUA